UCUCUCUCUUCAAAACAUUUAAUAUCAUCUUUCUCUAAGCAAAAAAAAAAAAAAACCUUCCUCUAAGCACAAAGACAUAUUUUUCAAAGUAAAGAUCAUGAACACAAUUCCAGCGGAACUCACUGGAUACUUCCAAUAUGUAUCACCUGAAAUAUACAAUAACCAAACACCAAUCACGGAGUCUGAAUACUUUAAGAUGCCCUCUUCUCCUACUUCUGCUUCCUCCUUCUACUACAUCAACGGUCUGAUGACCAACAAUAACAACAACUACUCUUCAUCAUCCAACGUUCAGGAUCCAGUGACGAGUAACAAUUCAACAUCAGACGACGAUCACCAACAAAGCAUGGUCAUCGAUGAGAGGAAACAAAGAAGGAUGAUCUCUAAUAGAGAAUCUGCUCGUAGGUCAAGGAUGAGAAAGCAGAGACAUCUCGAUGAGCUUUGGUCUCACGUGAUAAGACUCCGUACUGAUAACCAUUGUCUUAUCGAUAAGCUAAACCGCGUAUCUGAAAGCCAUCAGCUUGCUUUGAAGGAGAACGCUAAGCUUAAAGAGGAAACUUCUAAUCUCAAACAGCUAAUCUCUGAGAUAAAAUCCAACAACGAAGACGACAACAAUUUUCUAAGAGAGCUUGAAGAUUCGAUAUCAAACUCUAGAUCGGAUUUGAACCAAAUGGGCAGAGAUUUUGAGUUAUGUUAAAUGAUCUUCUCAUUGUUCUGCUUAUGUCAAGAAUGAAGAUUUCAUAGCGAUUAUAUCGUAUGAUAUGAUAUAAAAUAUUAAUAAACGUAAUG